AUGGCGGUCGCCGCAUUGGCAACCACGGCGCUGGCGAAGAACUACACGGUCGACGGCUCCACCGGCUGGGACACUUACGUCAACUACGACAAGUGGACCGCCGGCAAGACCUUCAUGGUCGGCGACAACAUAGGUAAUCCAAUCCCUUCAUCCCCGUAUAACAUUCCUAUGUUCAAGUACGAGGUGUACCACAACGUGCUGGAGGUGACCAAGGCGGACUACGCUAGCUGCGCCACCGGCAGCCCCAUUUCCACCCACUCCGGCGGUGACACCACCUUCGAGCUGACCGAGGCCGGCACCCGCUACUUCAUCUGCGGCAUUCCUCGCCACUGCAGCAACGGCACCAUGCACGUCAAGAUCACCACCGUGGCCUACGACGCUACCACCGCCGCCGCAAUAGAAGCAGCGGCGGCGCCCGGCGCUGCUCCUUCUUCGGCCCCGCUUCCCUCCCCACCCGCCGACGUCUACUCUGACGCCAGGACCGCGCCGGCGGGCGCCCCAGGCGCCUCUACGCCCAAGUCAUCAGCGCCGCGGUAUCAGCGGACGUCGGCGGCCGUGGCCGGGCUGGCGUUCGCUGCCCUUCUGGCCAUUGCUGCGUAA